AUUUGUGCUUUGCAAACUGGACAGAGUGAGACAAUCUGUUGCGGAGCUUUUGCAUCAACGUUUGUCUGUUGAAAUGGCAGAACCAUCUCUUCAGAGGUCGGCAUUUCUGGGUCAGGUUGAGUAGCCUCAAAAAUAAAUCUCUGGGAUGCCUUGUGGAGGUUUUCUGGGAGUUUGAGUAUGAAAGGAAAACUCAAAUGUCCUUCCUCUUAUGAGAUGGAUUGCACAAAGCAUUGCCCUGGUUCUUAGAGCUGUAGAGGGCAGCACCGCGCCUCUCAGUGUACAUCCUGCUGGAAGUCAUUGGAAAAAAGAUGAAAGGAACAGAUGACAUCACACACCACCAGAAUCUGUAUGAAAGCUCCUCAGUUUAGGAUUAAAGUCGUCAAAUUCCCUCUGCCUUUGAUUAAACAAAAGGCAGGGAUUGACAAUACUGAUCACUGCCAGAAAACAACUGUGUGAGUUAGUUUGAAGAAGGAAAAGAGGAAAGAGAACGCAGAACAUUGAAAAACUAUUAAUCAGUGUUGAGGAAACUCAUUUGAAACAUCUCAUCUUCUCAUGUGCAACAACAGCAUCAUUUAAAUCCUGAUUCAUCCACCAAAGACAUCACAAUAACUGCCAUAAAGUUGAAGAACGAGAAGAAUGAGAAGAAGUAAAAGAAGACAGCAGGGACAGGAAAUGGAGCCGAGAGAAAAAGCUUCCAAGUCCUGUUUGGAUUGUUCGGCAUCUUCCUGUGAGAAAGACCACCAACCUCAUUGUCAUUCACCACCAUUUGAGAAACAAAACCUCCAGGAGAACAUCUGCUCUCUUCACAAUAAGACGAUGGACAUGUUCUGCUACACUGAUCAACAGUGCAUUUGUUACCUUUGCUCCGUGUAUGACCAUAAAGACCACGACACGGUCUCAGCUGCAGCAGAGAGGUCGCAGAAGCAGAAAGAGGUUGAGCUGAGUCUAAAAGAAAUCGAGCAGAGACUCCAGGAUAGAAAGAAAGAUGCGAGGAAGCUUGAAAAGAAGGGGAAGGGCGUCAAUCACUCUGUGGAUAAAGCAGUGGAGGAUAGUGAGAAGAUCUUCACUGAGCUGAUCCAACUCUUGAGGGAAAGAAGCUGUGAUGUGACGCAGCUGAUCAGAUCGCAGCAGGAAAAUGAAGAGAGAAGAUUCAAAGACCUUGAGGAGAAGCUGCAGCAGGAGAUCACUGAGCUGAAGAGGAAAGACGAUGAACUGAAGCAGCUGUCACUCACACAGGACCACACCCAGUUUCUACUCAACUACCCGUCACUGUCAGGAGAACUCAGUCCAUCUACUCACUCAUCCAGCAUCAGCAUCGCUCCUGUGAACUUCUGUGAAGAUGUGACAGCAGCUUUGUCACAGGUCAGAGGUCAAGUAAAGGGAGUUCUGACUCAGACAUGGAAAAACAUGGGACUGACACUGAGUCAAGACGAUGUUUUAAAGCCGUGA